ACACGGAAGACCAAGAUGUACUCUAUACCUCUUCGUCAGUGUUGCAUCGGAGGUGAAGCUCGUUGGACGUUCUUUUUUCACCUGAAACACGUGAGAUCAUCGCGCAAUUGUAUAUAGUUACUUCUCAGCAAAGUGGAAAAGAUCAUUAGAGAGGCCUUUUCGUGAGGUUGAUCAAUUGAGAAAAACCGCCUAAAAAUGAUUGGAUUUCAGUGAUUUGUAGUUUAGGGAGGAUUUUAUUGCUUUUCUAGUGAGAGAGUGAUUUUUUUUUGUGUGAAUUGAAAGAGUGCAUUUAGAACUCCUUUUGAAAGAGCAAGAGGAAAGUGAGUGGAUUACCAAGGAGAAGAUCAGUGAUCUUGUUCAUGAAGGAUACACACGAAGUCGUUGGCAGACACUGAAUGAGAAAGUCCAACAAUGCGACUUAUGCUAAUUGUCUUGGGUGUGCUAGUGGCACUUUGCGGGGCAGAGGAACAGAAGAAUGCCACAGAAGCCACAAAAAGCGAAAGGAAGGGCAAGGAGUUGAGGGACAAGAGGACACUCAACAAGUUCGGAAAUUUCGACGAUCUUACUCCAGCCUUCUUCACAUACCCACGUGUCCUAGAGCGAAGGAUCGGAAAUGCCCAGCCGAACGGAAGAUCUUUCCCUCAUGCGCCGCAAGAGCGGAAGUACGAGGAGAGUUUCAACGUGCCAUCAUUCAACUAUCAGCCACACUAUGAAAAUGAGGGAAGUAAUUUCAUCGGGGGACACUCCUAUGCUCCCCAUCCUCACUAUAUCGAAGCACCAGAACCCAUUAUAGAGAUAAUCAUCAAAGAUAGCAAUGAAACUCUUCCAGUACCCCCGCCAAUUGUGCAUCCAAGGAAAAAGAAGAAGGAACAGGUGCAAGUAUUCUACGUGAAAUACAAGAAGGAUGGUCACAAAGGUGUAAUCAUCGAUCAGCCAGUGCCAGCACUCUCACCCACAGCAUACCACCAAGAGCGACAUGAUGAAAUUGAAGAAGAGCAACAUGAGGAGCCAAUUAUUGUAACUCUACCUCCUCCACUUAAAACAACGACCCUUAGAACGAUAAUCCAUCCUGAAUCUGAGAAAUUUCAUAGCAACAGCGGAAUUCAUGUAACUUUCAAUACAGAAGACAAAUCCCAAGGAGGUCAUCAAAUCCAGGAACAACGUGUGGAAAGUAUGGUGAAACCCGUUAUAGCCUUGCCACGCUCAGUAUCUUUCCCACCCUUGCAGCCGAAUGUACAGGCAACGGAAUUUAGACAAAGAUACGUGCAUCAGGGACGCAAUUUUGGAGGUGACCAGUUUAACUACGCACAGCCAAAUCUACAUCAGGGUCUUGUUAGUCCUAAUCUUCAGCUACCUCUGCCAAACACACCAACACAGCAAUUCCGUUCUGGGCAGAACUUCCAUCAACCUCCUGGACAGUACUUCGGCCACCAUCGGUACAGCUUCCAACCUCAUCUGCAUCCUGAGCAACACCAUCAUCAAGAGCACAAUCAGCAGCAUCAUCAACAAGAACAUCAUUCGCAGCAUCAUCAUCCACAGCAUCAUCAAGAAAAUCAUCCACAGCAUCAUCAAGAACAUUAUCCACAACACCAUUCACAACAUCAGGAACAUAAUCAAGAGCCUCAUAGACACACGGGACCACCUCCUCCACCUCACUUCUCACCAACACCACCAGGCUUUGGUCCCCCGCCACCUUUCCGACCAGUUCCACCCAACCACUUCUCUCAGAGACCAUCACAACCACCAUUUUUCCAGGCACCACCUCAACAGCAAUCUCCUCCUGGUCCUCAACAACAGCAGAUCCGUUUCCCUGGCCCUCCUCCCCAGCCUCCCUCUCAAAAUCAUCAAUAUCAACCUUUGAAGUAUCGUCCGCAUCCUCCACAACGGCCUAUUCCAAUCCCUAUUCAUCAAUUCAGUCAACCACCACAAACUCAAUCUCAAUUCAGGCCACCACAUCAAAAUCCUCCACAUCAAAAUCAUCAACCUCAGCAAAUCCAUCAACCACAACAGAUUCACCAAGUGCAGCCACUUCGUCAGAAUCAACAUCACCAACAUCAUCAGCACCAUCAGGGACACCAAUCACAACCCCAACAACCUCACCAUGCUAAUCAACAGUUUUCCUUCACACCACCUCCUCCAGGAGCAAUUCAAGGUGGAGGAUUGGUUCAGCAGCAAGCGCCUAAUCUCAGUCGAGAGCCAAAUCACCAACAAAAUCUACAACAAAACGUCCUACAACAGAACGUCCUCCAACAGAAUCCACACAACCAGGAGAUUAUUCAGAAUUUAGGACCUGGAAGUGAAUUGAUACCUUCUGUGGCCAAAUAUGAACAGCACAUUGUCGAACAUGUGCCAACAGUUAAUCAGUACAUCUCUAGUCAGCCGCAAUUCCCUGUGCAGCAACAAUUCUUUUCGCAACCAGCAACUUCACAGAAAGAGCCACAACAGAGACCCAAUAUCGGUCCAUUGGCCAAUGAAAUUGGUCACUUGAGCACACCAUUGCCACUACAGGGUAUUUCCUCCAAUCCAGUUACACCUCAGCCUCAGGUGUUCCACCAAAGUACCCAAACUCCUGCACAAACCUAUAUUCAACAACAAAUCUCUCAACUCCUGAAAGACCCACCUCGGCAAAGUAGUACCCAAGUGAAUCCUCAACCCUUGAUAAUUCCAAACGCUCAACCUACUGUGCAGAAAAAUCGACCACCAGUUGGACAGAGUGUAUCAACACUUCAUUCAGAAGUAUUCCCAAUUUUUGAACAGCAACAACAACGAUUCUACAACAAACAACCAGUAUCAGACCAGGCACAGGAUCAACUGCAAACCGUAAAUAUUCAUGGCAGAAAUGGAGGCAAUCCUAGUUCAACGACAAUCUCCGCAUCAAGCACCUAUAGACCAACAACUCAAAGAACUUCCGAAAGUACACAACAAAUAUCCUCGACUACACAAAAAACGACAAAGAAACCUUCAACGAAUGUUGUCUUACCGGAUGAAGUACCUGACGACCUCCGAGAACAGCUUUUGUCAUCAGGAAUCCUGGAUAACGCUGACAUCAGCGUUCUGGACUACGAUAAAAUUGGUGACACAUCCCUUGAUGAUCUUCCAGCAGAUCAUCUAGCCAACUUCUUCAGUGCUGGUGGUGCAUCUCAAAUUUCUAGUUCGAAUCGUGUUGAAGUGUUUGCCAAUCCGGAUAAAGAGAAGCGCUCGAAGCUUGAAGAAGCGACUCCGGCGCUCUCAUCCAAGGAGAAUGUUGACCUGAGAGUCGUAAGAUUCGAUGCAGCAUCGCAAAAAACCAUCUCAGAUAAAUACAUCAAACAGGACUCUACAAUUUUGCCUUCAGUGGACAUCAAUGAUCAUCAAUACAAUCGAUAUCUGCCACUGAAAAUUAACGGAGCUCACUUCCCCAUACCACAAGAAUUAACUGGUAAAAAGAUCAGUAGUGUUGUAGUCUUGGCUCCCGUAGACAAUUUGCAAACAGUGGAAGAUCCUGAAGAUGGACGUUUUGAAAGAGAUGUAAUUGAUGCUAAACAAGUGAGAUUCCUGGCAGGAGAUGCUCUCAAACAACUUAUAAAGAAACCCUCACAGGAGAACUUUAAAAAAUGGCUGGACAAGGAAGCAACAACCGACGUUGAGUUCCAGAGUGUUGUUCUCCUAGUAACAAGAAAUCCCCAAAAUAAUACAGACAAAGAAAUCUUCAUGUAUGAUAUCGCCUCGAAGACAGUAAACCGACUCAGUGGUGAAUUGUCGUCAGCUUUUGUAAACGUAGCUGAGGCUAAUGCCGCUACGGAGGACAUUGACAAAGCCACAGUGGUUGACAGUGGAAUAAUUCAGCAGAUGGACUCAGAAGGGACACCAGAAGAAGAUACAAUAGAGGAGUCCACAACUCCUUUUCCAACCGAUGAUCCCAUGGAAUCCGCUGCCUCAGACAUAGUAGAAAGUCGGGCAGAACCUGAUAUAAUCCUAGAUGAUCCUUCAGAUAUGCAUGAUGUGGUCAUCAGCAGUGGGUACAGUGUCAUUAAGAGUUGAGAAAUGUGUAUUAGCGAAUUUGAGUGUGAAUUAUUCGAAGCGAAAGUGAGAGGGAGGAGAGAAAAAGAUGAGGAGGUUACAUAGAGAAUGAAAAGAGUCAGUGAGAGAUAGAGAAGAGGGAAUUUUUAUUAUUUAAAUGAGCAAUUGUUCACAAUUGCACUGCAUUUCCCUGAAUUCGCACCUGUGGCAUCAGCAUUGCCCACAAUGGUGCGCUCUUUUCUCGCGCAAAUGUUCUUCCGGAAUAUUCAACAUAUUGUUGAAUGCUUCAUCCUCUUGAAAACUUUUCAUUUAAUAAUUAUUCACUUUUGUAUCUGUUAAUAUAUAGUUUUUUUUUCUUUCUCUCACCUCCUCCUCCUUCACCUCCCAUCUUGGGGAUAUUUUGAUGAAAUAAUCACAAAUUAUUGACGACGACCAUUGUGUGUGAAUGUUAUCAUAUAAUUAAUGAUACAUCAUGAAGAUAUGAUUGUAAAAUUGUAUAAACUCUUAAUUCUACGCAAUAAAGGCUAAUUUUAAUCAAA